UGGUUGGAACAGACUGCAUUCCACCUCCAGGCUUCAGUUGGAAGACUCUGAUGCAAACGGCAGUUUGGGUUCUCUGUCCACCCUAGAAAAGUGCGCAAUGAAGACAGAAGUCACGGUGUUGAUUGAUGCUGUGGACUAUGAAGCAAUCCAUGUGGUCGCCUUUACAAUAGAUAAGAUCAUGAGAAAUCCGUGAGUUGCUAGUCAAAGUAAUGAGCUUUAGUUAACGUAUCAUUGUCAGAUGUAAUCUUACCAAUCAUCCUCCCUCUCAUUUCCGCUACUGUUAGUCAAAUGCUGAUGUUUGAUGCUGAAAACGCAGAAUUUUGUCCAAUCAAAAAACCAUUCACCAAGUCUACACUUCUCAUAUUUUUCGUCUAUAAUUACAUUAAUUACCGCAAAUAGCAGUCCCUUUAUCCCUCCAAAAACACACCUUGAACCAUGAACACCCGAAAGAUGGAUGUCCGGUGUGUUUUGCUUGCCACAGGAAGCUUGGUUUUGUGCUUCUCAGGCUUCGCGGCCGCAGUUGACACUGUCGAUGCAUCUCAACCGUUAAGUGAUGGUGAGACAAUAGCUUCGAGUGGGGGAACUUUUGAACUGGGGUUUUUCAGUCCAGGCAGUUCGAGGGGCCGUUACUUGGGAAUUUGGUACAAGAACAUCCCACUUAGAACUGUUGUUUGGGUUGCAAAUAGAAGUAAUCCAAUUAACGGCUCUAGCGGCACGCUGAUGAUGAAUAGCACAGGCAAUAUAGUCCUCCUAAGCCACAACAGCAGUGUCGUUUGGUCUGCGAACACUACCGAACAGGCCGAGAAUCCAGUUCUACAGCUCUUAGAUAAUGGAAAUCUUGUGCUGAGAGAUGGCAAGAAUGACAGUUUGGAUACUCAUUUGUGGCAAAGCUUCGAUUACCCUACCAACACUUUUUUGCCAGAAAUGAAGCUUGGAUGGGACUUGAAGACCGGUCUCAAUCGGCAAUUAUCUUCCUGGAAGAGUCCAGAUGACCCGUCCCCAGGAGAUUUCACUUGGGGGAUGGCCAACCGUAAUUUCCCUGACAUCGUAGCAUGGAAGGGCUCCAACAAGUACUUCAGGACCGGACCAUGGAAUGGCCUUCGUUUUAGCGGCGCGCCGCAACAAGGGUCCAAUUCCAUUUUCUGGUAUAAUUUCGUAUCCAAUGCAGAAGAAAUUUACUAUAUGUAUCAUAACACCAACAAAUCUGUGCUCGUAAGGACUGUGUUGAAUCAAACAAAUUACUUGUGGGAGCGGUCCGCGUGGAGCGAAGCGACUCAAGGCUGGAGGCUCUUCCUCACUGUUCCAAAGGACUACUGCGACACCUAUGGCUUUUGCGGUGCCUACAGCAAAUGCAUAACUAACCAGCUUCCAUAUUGCCAAUGCUUAAAAGGUUUCACACCCGAAAAUCAGGAUCAAUGGAACUCCACUGACUGGUCACAAGGAUGUGUUCGGAAUGAGCCUCUGAACUGCAGCAUCAGUGAUGGAUUCAUAAAGUAUCCUAACAUGAAAUUGCCGGACACUACUCAUUGUUUAGUGGAUAGUACCUUGAGCCUCGACGAUUGCCGGACCAAAUGCUUGGACAACUGUUCAUGUACAGCAUAUGCAAACUCAGAUAUCCGAGGACGAGGAAGCGGAUGUGCAAUGUGGUUCGGUGAUCUGAUAGAUAUGAGACAGUAUCCAGAUGCUGGGCAGGUUCUAUAUUUGCGGAUGCCAGCUUCUGAAAUAGGGAAGAGUAAUUCCAAGGUGUGGAUAGUUCUGGUAGUUGUAUUAGCAAUUGCCAUGGCUAUUGCCAUGCUAGUCGCCAUCUGUUAUGCCGGCAGAAGAAGGAAAAACUUCGGAGAGAUAGCAGAAAAUAUAUCUGAAGGUCAAGAGAGUGAACACCCUGAUGAUGACUUGGACCUCCCAUUAUUCGACCUACACGCAAUUGCUGAGUCCACAAACAAUUUUUCGAUGAGGAACAAGCUAGGUGAAGGCGGUUUUGGACCUGUAUACAAGGGUAUACUUGUAGAUGGACGAGAAAUCGCUGUGAAGAGACUUUCAAGUAGCUCUAGGCAAGGACUGAGGGAGUUCAAGAAUGAGGUCAUACUAAUUGCGAAACUUCAGCACCGAAAUCUAGUAAAGCUUCUUGGUUGUUGCAUUCAGGGAGACGAAAAAAUGCUGAUCUAUGAAUACAUGCCCAACAAAAGCUUGGAUGCCUUUAUUUUUGAUAAAGAGAGAAGUAAGUUAUUGGAUUGGCCCAAGCGGUUCAAUAUUAUCUGCGGUGUCGCUAGGGGCCUACUUUAUCUUCAUCAAGAUUCGAGGUUGAGGAUAAUCCACCGGGAUCUCAAAGCGAGUAAUGUCCUUCUUGACAACGAGAUGAAUCCAAAAAUUUCAGAUUUUGGCAUGGCUAGGAUAUUUGGAGGAGACGAGACAGAAGGAAAUACCAACAGAGUGGUUGGGACAUAG